CAUUAAACGCUCCUAUUAAAAGUGGGCACGGAGAUAUUGUGGUACCUUUGUCUUCGGUUCCAUCUUCUUUCCCUCCUGUUUCUCUCUCUCUCUCUCUCUCUACAACUUCAGGAGCUUCUUCUUUCAAAGAUAAUAUAUUUAAAUACAAUAUAGUUGGCAGUGAUGGGGACUGUUGUUGAUGCUUCAAAUAAGGAGGCAAAUGGAGGCUCGCUGUCCGAGAAGAAGUUUAGAGUUGUUUUUGUCUUAGGUGGCCCAGGCAGUGGAAAGGGCACCCAGUGCGCAAACAUUGUGCAACACUUUGGGUUCACCCAUCUCAGUGCUGGUGAUCUUCUCCGAGCAGAAAUAAAAUCCGGUUCUGAAAACGGGACCAUGAUUCAGAACAUGAUUAAGGAGGGAAAGAUCGUCCCUUCAGAGGUAACAAUUAAGCUUCUCCAACGAGCAAUGCAGGAAAGUGGUAAUGACAAAUUUCUUAUCGAUGGUUUCCCUCGUAAUGAGGAAAAUCGUGCAGCCUUUGAGUCUGUUACUGGAAUUGAGCCAGAAUUUGUACUUUUUUUCGAAUGUUCAGAAGAAGAGAUGGAGAGGCGCCUUUUGAAUCGGAACCAGGGAAGAGAAGAUGAUAACAUUGAUACAAUACGGAAGCGAUUUAAGGUUUUUAUGGAAUCGAGCCUCCCAGUGAUUGAGUAUUACAAGUCCAAGGGGAAGGUUCGCCAGAUUGAUGCUGCAAAGCCUAUUGAAGAGGUGUUUGAAGCUGUUAAAGCCGUUUUCACCCCAUUGAAUGAGAAGGUUGCUGUCUAGGUGUCGGAACUGUACCCAUCAUUUGAAAGCACUUUUCCAUUGAGGUGGUUUUCUAUUUAGCGAAAGCUUUCUUGCACUCCGGCCCAAGUUUUUUUACUAUAGAAAGCUACAGUUAUUGUUAAUCGAUAAACAGGAAAGUUACAGUUUAUGUAAUGUGGUUUCUGCCUUUGCAUUCUUGUUAUAUGACUGAAUUAUAAUAGAGAUUAAUUUCAAAUGGUAAUCAUCAUAUGCUCUUUGUCCCA